AAAAAAUCUAUAAUGUUAUGUCAACUAGACAUUUUACACUUCUAUCUAAAUCUAUUAUUAUCAUAAAUGAAAACAUUUUUUUUUUAAAUUAUACUAGUAAAUUUUUGUGCAAUUUGAUAAAGAAUAUAAUAAAGUAAUAAACAAAACAAAGUGUUCAAUAUUAAGUAAAUGCUCCAUUAGUAAUAACAAUGUAGGUACAAUAUACAAACGUAAUAUGAUAAAGUUAUGAUACCGUAACCUAACAUUAUAGGGAAUUAGUAUAGAAAAAUAGAAAUUUCUGAAUAAGAAUGUGUACUAUUCCACCUGCACCACCACCGCCACCGCCGCCACCACUGCCCCCUGUCCUACCAGAAAUAAAUUCUCCCUUAAAAUCAUUGAAAGCUCUCCAAUACAAUACUUCGACAUCGAAAUAUUCAGAUGUGUGUAAAUGGGCUUCAGAUCAUCCAGAAUUAUGGGAAGCCUGUGCAAAAUACCAAAUUUGUUUGUAUCAGGCACCUUACAACUACAAAUACACGUAUUUCGAAUCUAGACUACAAGUAGGACCUACAUGUGGGCUGGUGGCACUCUCGAUGUUAAUAAAUGAUGAAGUAACUCCUGAAGAAAUGUUAAAUAUAGCAAAAUUGGAGGGUUACAGUAGCAAUGGCGAGAUGUUUAGUUGCAAAAACAUGCUACGACUGGCAGAGAAAGUAUUUAAUUUAGCUGAAAUAAAUAAUAAAUUUAAUCUGCAGUGUGGAGGAUUAUUUAGUGAAAUAACAAUUGAAAAACUGUUAAAUGGUGCAGUUCUAUUAGUACCUUAUGAUGCAGACUUCAACCAUUCACCAUGUCUAAAACUUGGUCACACGGCUCAUUGGGCUCUGGUAUGCGGAGUUAUCAUUGUAAAUAACCCUGGCAACACUUACGACAGUGACAAUGUGUAUGUACUGUGUAAACAGGGCAAGUCUAGACACUUAGCUAUAUGGAAAUUAUAUGAUUUAGAUCAAAGUAACAAAAAUUUGGUGGAAUUCUCUCCUACAAGAGAAGAUGAUGGACUCAUAUAUAUACUUCCAGAAGGGGGUAUUGGAGGCGUGGAUGGGUUACAGAACCAAUUUUUAAUGUUUGAAGGUUUCUAAACUUUGUAUAUGUAAUUAACUGUAUUUGGUGUUCAUUAUUUCUAAGUGUACAACGAUAUAUUAACUUUUUGAGAAUUGUAUGUGAAUAAAUGUAUAAAUAUAAAUAUUAAGACAA